AUGGAAUUAAUAGCCGAUGUUCCACAGGAAGCAACAUCAACUGAUAUGGUUGACGUAUUAAUAGCAGGAGGUGGUAUAGCCGGUCUUGUUGCUGCCUUAACUCUUCAUCGAGCUGGUUAUUCUGUUCGGAUACAUGAGCGUAUGGAAAAAAUUGAGCCCAAUGGAUUUGGCGUUACUCUGCAGCCUUAUUCGGUCAAAUUACUUUUUGAGUUAGGCUUAGAGAAAGAAAUGGAAAAUGUAGGCAUUCAACCACUUAUGGCUGAAUUCUACACGCGACAUGGACAACUCAUCUAUAGAGAUCCUAGGGGUAAGAAUGCAAAGUUCAAUUGGCCUUUGUAUACUGUGCAUCGAGGAAAAUUUCAAGAAGUGCUUCUACGGCACCUUCGUAAUGAAAUAGGACAGAAUACUAUUCGAUUAGGUCAAAAGUUAAUUGCUUUCCGUCAACGGCCAAGCCAUGUUGAAGUAGAUUUUGUAAAGCCUACAACUGGUAAAAUCAAUACUGAGCGUGGCAAAAUUCUCAUCGGCGCUGAUGGUAUUCAUUCCACGGUGCGUCGACUUCUUUUUCCUAAUGAAGGUCCUACUUUAUGGGACGGUAUUGCUGUAUGGAGAGGUGUCACGCNUUUAUACUAA